AUGGCUUCAACUUCAAAGUCAAAUGAAGAUUCUUCAGCUAUUAAUCCAGACGACGAUUCUCUACAGUGUAUAACUGGACAACAGAACGUUACACCAAGUAGGUUUAUUAAGAGUCAGCCGAAAACUGAUGUUUUGGUUGGUUUUUCAAAUUCAAACCUAUCUGAUGAAAAAAAUUUGAAAGGAUCCAGUAAUACUCCACAAGUAUUUUUGAGUACUUCACUUCCAUGUCUUUUUGAAAAUUCUUUGAACUUGAACUCGAUUUCUAAAUCACUUCCUGUUUUAUAUCAAAUCAAUAAUCAUACUGUACAUUCAGAGAAUGAAUUAUCGGUACAUAUUAAGGAUAAAAAUGAGAGUAUAUUUAUUCAACUUGACAACUCGCCAAAAAAUAUUCAGUUAACUAAAUCUGAUUCAAAUGAAUCCUUGAAUAAUUUAAAUACAAUGGAAUUAAUAAGUAAUUUAAACACUUCUAUAAAUAAUAAUAAUAAUAAUUCUAAUUGUCUACCUAUAAUUGAACCGAAUAAAUUACUUAAUAACAUAUCAAACACAUCAAAUGUUGAUUCAUUAUUAAUUAAAGAAUUAGAAAAUUCUAUAUAUCAUAUUAAAUGGAUUAAAUUUAAUAAUCAAACACGUCCAAUUAUAACACAAAAUAACAAUGGUCCAUGCCCAAUGAUUGCUAUAGCAAAUGUACUUUUAUUACGUGGAACAAUUAAUUUAUCAAAUGAUAGUGAAUUAAUCAGUGGUAAUCGUUUAUUGGCUAUUCUUAGUGAAUUACUUUUAUCGAAAGCUCCUAAUGAUCUUGAUUACGACCAACAAAUUAAUUAUGAGUCAAAUUUCCGUGAUGUACUUUGCUUAUUUCCCAGUUUACAAACCGGACUUGAUAUAAAUAUCAGGUUUACUGGUGUUGCAGAUUUUGAGUACACUCCAACAUUAAGCUUAUUUGAUUUGUUCAACAUACACAUUUAUCAUGGUUGGCUUGUGGAUCCUGAUGAACAUGAUUUAGCUGCAACUGUUGGUAAUCGAACUUAUAAUCAAUUAACUGAAGAGUUACUCCGAUUAGAAUCAUCUGAUAAUUAUGAGGAUUUAAAAAGAAGUAUACUUGUUGAAUGGUUUCUAAAUGAAAGCGGUUCACAGUUAACUUUUCAUGGUCUAAGCCAGCUAGUUACAACUUUACACGAUGAAGAAUUGGCUGUGUUUUUUCGAAAUAAUCACUAUAACACCAUAUUAAAGCAUAAGUUUUACAGUUUGCAUGAUAUAUUACGCCCAACAGCAAACAAAAUUGUCGUUAAGACACUAUCAAAUGAGAAUUUCAUCAGUAAUCAUUUGCUCAAUCAAAUUAAAUUUUUGAAAAAUGAAGACAACUCAGUCAAGGUUUUAUUUUCCAUGAUUUAAUUAAUAUUGUUAACAAAAUAAAAGUAAAAAAUAAUCUCUGAUCAAAUGUCCUCAUGACCUUGUUUUCUUUUAGAAAUGGGCUUAAUUAUUGGUUAUUGUCCUUCAAUGUUAUGCAUGUUUAUUAAUUUGUUGCUCAGGGUUCCGUAAUAAUAUAUUUAUAAGAGAACUCAACAUCUGAGACCACCCACCACUUUGUAAUUUUUGUGUAGUAGAUACGUAAUAUAGUUUUAGACAAAAGGAAUAGAUUUUUUUAUACCACUUUCCUUUAUCUCGGCUGUAUGUAAGAUGCGAAAUCCAGAGGCAUACGAUAAAUUGGGUUGAACACAGCUGUUAGCUUUGAGUAUUUUCAGUUUAAUGAUUGGUAUAAAGCGACUAAAUUUACACUUCUAGAACUUCUUAUUUUUUCUCUGUCGUUUACUCAGUUAUAAAUGAGGACUUUCAGAAAUGAUGAUGAUGAACUCACCUUAUAUUAUAUUAUGUGACCAAUGUAACUUGCUCCACAAAAAUAGUUGAAUAAAUAAAUACAGAAAUAUGUUUUAUUACGAACUUUGGUGGAUAUUGAUCUUGACUAAGCAAGCAGAUCACAAACAAUUUUGAGUUCCUUUCCGAAAUUCUUGUCCAAACAAUUUAAUUUAAUGCUGUCAACCAAACACUUAGAUUGUGUUGUAGUGAAUGCUGAAUCGUAAUAAAUGGAUUUAAAUGUCGUUCUAUUAUUUAAUAUGGUCUUCUUGUUAAUAGAAAAUCGAGAAGCGAAACGAUGCCACUUUUUUCCUCUCUCAUUAGAAAAUUUGACUAAUGAACUCUAGUAAAUUUAUCCAGUCAAUGUGUGAUAGCUCAUACUUGUUUUUCAGAACUAGCAAUGUAUCGUUCAUGCAGAGAUAAAAAGACAGAGUUUACUGAUAACCUAAACAUCUUUUUUAGCAUUUACUUAGAAAUUUACUUAUUCAUUGAUUCGAAUCUUCAAUCCAAUAUCUCAGUUUUCAUUCUUUAUAAACUCUAUAGUAAAAUAUAAUCAAAUAUUGUUAUAUCUUCCAUAUACAAUCAAUACAUCACAGAAAUUUCUUCUUGCUCAAACUUUUAAUAAUAAAUAUAAACAGAACAAAUGGUCACUUAUCUCUUGUAAUCUUGAUUCAUGAUAUGUUCAUUGAAAUAAGUUUGAUACAAUCUUCCUCAUUGAUAAAUUUGACUAAAACGAGAAAAAUAAUGUGAAUUUAUAAAUUACGCGGUAUCUCAUCAACUGCUUCACUCGUAAGGAAUAAUAAUAUUGAUUAAUUGAAACUAAUCGGCUUAAUUCAUAUAAUCUUAAUUGAAUAAAGGCUACAAAUAUGGACGAAUUAUAAGAAUGUUUAAAUAUUUACCUGCUAAUUUAUAUAGCAUUUUUAAAGAACGUAUUUUAAAAGUUUAUGAUGACAAAUUUGUUGAAAAUAAAGAUUGAUGUCAAGUUGCGUAAUAACAUCUGUAGAGUUAGGUAGAUAAACAGAGUGAAGCGAGUAAAGGUUAAAAAAUGACGCAAAAAUGCAGAAAAUAAAUUAUUGUUGGGAGGAUCAAAUAAAAUAUUGUAUAUAGAAGUUACACAGGGUAGUGCGAGAUGUACAACUGGAUCUUUUUAAAUGAAUAGUUUCUUUUUCAGUCCUUUAAUAGCGACGCCCAUAAUGAGACCUAAUGAAUCCAAAGUUGUGUGAGUAUUGAUUAUUUUUGUAUUAAAAUUAUGUACACUAACAAUCAGAUUACGAGCAAUUGCAUUACUGAAUCAUUUUAGCAUGUUUAGUCUCAUUUGUUGUAGAAUGUUCUGCGAGAUGCGAAAAAAAACUUUCUGUUCAUUCUAUGUAAAUACUCUGGCAUAUACUGGUAAAUACAGUUGGAACUAACAUGAAGUUGGAAGUUAUCUACCUUUGUUUAUCUCAGUGACCCAUUUGUUUGAUGCGAGGAGACUAGUAUGGUGGCUGGAUGCAUUCUUUCCAAUUCACCACUCAGUCUAAAACUAGUCGUGCCGCUUAUUCCUUCACAUUCUAGGACAAAUCGGAGGAUGACGAGCUUUUAUUCUAUUGUAGCAUAUUCUUUUAUAGUUAUCCACUGUCUGGCAGAUACUUUACAACUAUAGUGCUCUAACCAAAGCUCUAUUCAGGCCUAUUGGAUUAUUUAAAUUUGAUUAUAGCCCACUUGAAGCGUCUAUUCAAUAAAUACGUGUUUUAUCUGUUCGUUUGCACUGAGCAGAAGUGAAAUUAUUUAUGUAACAUAUUGAAAAUAUUGAAGCUUCAUAAAUCGAAUGAAAAUAUGACAUUUUUGCCGUUAAAAAAUUGUUAUUUUCAUAGUUAACAUUGAAUCGAUCUUGCACAACCACUAGUUGUUUAACGAUGAUCAGUCCGUGAUUUCAGCUAUGAAACGUCAUCGAUCUCCACAAACCCAUAUAGUAAGGAAUGCUUUUUUAACGACAAACGAUUUGACACAUGCUACUGACAAUUAACCUCUAAGAGAGGAUAACAUAUGUUGAACAGCUAAACAGAAUUACAAUCUUGUACAAUUUUCUAUAUUUUUUAUGCAUAAAAAUUUUCAUCCUCCUCUUGUACUGAUACUACAUUACGUGUCGUGGUUGUAAAUGUACUGUUUUUGCUGUUUUCUGUCCAACCAUCUCAUAUUAAUUUGAAUGAGUAAAUUAUAUACUACGUUUUCCUAAAAUAGUAGGAUACGACAGUAAAAAUCUUAAUACAACCAAGAAAUCUCUAAUUAAUUGUUAUUGUCUGAACUCUUUGCUUAAAAGUUCAAAUGUCUUCCUACUUUUUGUCAUUUUCGAUAUGUUGAAAGAUGUCUGUUAAUUUGUAGAGUUGAUUCACGCCCAGAAAAUUAUGUAGGUACUAUAUAAUUAUGACAGUACAAUAACUGUAAAUUCAAGUUUUUUCUUAGAAUGAAUUAGAAAUUCGUCAAAAUUACAGAUGCAUCCAACUAAUGAUGAAAUUGAAUUUGUUUUAGAAGUAAUAAUUUCAAAAGUAAAUUCACAUGAAAAAGUUUUCGGAAAACAAGUUUAUUUUUGUAUAUAUUAACUAUUAUAUCAAGUUAAAUGGAUCUGUAGAAAUUUCUUUAAUUCGAAAAUACUUUUCAUAACAAAUCGGCAUCAGUUUGAAAACAUUCCAAGUCAAAAAACACUAAAAAUCUGUCAUUGUUUCAUCCUAAUUUGAAACGUUCUAUCAAUGAAUACAUGUGUCUCCACACUGAAUAGAUUCUAUGUACUCCUUGAUAUUCAGUCUUCUUUCAGUUAAUAACUGUCUAUAUUCACAUUAAGCAUAUAAAUCUCCAAAAAUCUAUCAAAGUGACAAUCUUUGCGAAUAAACUCACGGAGUCCCAAGAGGUUAGUGUUUUUUGAGAUCAACCAUAUUGGAACGGGGCGAUCACUCCCUGAUACCAUUUUAUGAUUGCUCUACAUCGUAAGUUAACUGUCGUUAAAAAGUGUAUAUCGUUAGUUAUCGUCUCUAACCUAGUAUUGUCAUACUUGUCUUCAGACCUGAAAAUCCUAUAUAUUUUUUGUAGUAUCACUGGUGCAACGAAUCAUUCAAUCCAAACAGUUAUUCAGUACUUCCUGAUUUCCAGUGAAUCUCCAUCUGAUGUCAGCCUAUGAUGAGAAUUAAAAUACCUCCUAAUUAUUGAGUAUUUCCUUCUCCACAUCACCUUUAUUACAACAUAGCCUUACCACUCUAAUCUAUGCUACUAUGACUCCAUAUUUAACUUGUCGUUUCCAGGAAAUAUUCUCCAAACGUAAAAGUAUCGAGUAUUUUACUUUUUCAGAGUUAUGUGAUUAGAAUUAUUGUGUUUCUUAGGCAGAAAGCAACUGAUUGAUGCUAGUAAUUUUUUUUGGAAAUCAUAUUUGUUUUAGGAUUCAAUAUUUGUAUUAGUCA